GUUUGAGAGUUUGAGACUUUGAGUUGAGUUUGAUUGUUUGUUUUUGUUUGGAAAGACACAAAUAAUAUGUUUGUUUUAUUUGAUUAUUUCAGUAAAUUUCUUCUUCAACAUAGGACUAUUAAUAUUUGAGUGCAGAUUGAUAACUAAAUGGCGACAAUUGCAGUUAAACAGGAGUUUGAUAACAGCCACGAACCAGCGCCAGGGUGCAGCACUGCAUGCUCUCCAACCGAUGAUAAUGUUGACACACGACCUACAGUCUGUUUCAUCAAAGAAGAAACGCAUGAUGAGGAAGAGGUGCAAGAAUGUUUAGAAGACCCGGACUUCAGUCCAGUGAAGACUGGGAUGAAAGUGUGGCCUUCCAACCGCAGACAAUAUGGCCCUGCAAGAAAGGCAACUAAAAUCAAAAUCGAGAACCUAGAUGAUGGAUUUGAAGGAAGUGAGUUAGCAACCAAUGAAUCGAGCUCACAGAAUCUCUCGAAAGGACCUCAGAUGGCGACAGUUGAGCAGGAGUUAGGAGUUGGGACAACAAUUGGUUCAGGAGCAGGAACAGCAUCUGUUAAGCAGGAGAACAAUAGCUGCCAAGAACCAACGCCAGGGUGCAGCACUGCUGUGUCUACAAUCAAAAAUGACGAUCAUGAUGAUGAUGAUAAUGUUAAUGAUGAUAGUGAUCAACAACGUACAGGCAGUUUGUGUCUGGAGCUCUUCACAGAUGAAGCACAAGUUGAACAAGAAGCAGCUGAACGUGUAGAAGACAUGGAAUUGGCCAGAGUGAAUAGUGGAAUGAUUAUGUGGGUCUCCAACUGCAUACAAUAUGCCCCUGCCAAAGCAAAAAAAAUGGCGACAGUUGCAGUGAAAGAGAAAGAUAGCAGCCAAGAACCAACGCCAGGGUGCAGCACUGCAUGCUCUCCUAUCAAUGAUGAUGAUGAUACACAACGUACAGGCCUUUUAUCUCUAGAGAUCUUCGAAGAAGAAGCGCAUGAUUUGCAGGAAGCUGCAGGAAGUUCAGAAGAAGUGGAGUGCAGCUCAGCGAAGAGCGAACCAGUGAUGUGUCCUCCUCCCUGCAGCACAUCUCACCAGAGCAAUGCCACACAAGUAGCUGAAUUGGACAGCAAUAAAGCACAUUCUAUCAAUCAACCAAAUAAUGCCCAUGCAAAAAAGCCUAUGCUCUAUAGGUGUGCUCACUGCAACUUUGAAACUCGCCAGUUGCAAUAUUUGAAAAAUCACAUUGCAAAACAUCCUAGAAAUAAACUCUCCAGCUGUGGUCUUUGUAGUUACAGAUCAACGAAUUUCAGUGAUUUGAAGAGACAUCUUAAAUUGCAUUCUGUGAAAAAACUCACUGGUUGUAGUAAAACUGCUGAAACUCAUCUCAGAUCACAUAAAAAACAAAAAAGGAAAGAAGAACGUUUCAGUGCGUCAACUCUUUUGAAAAAUCAUCUUAGAAGACAUACAAAAGAAAAAGCAUUUAGCUGUAAAUUCUGUACUUAUAAAUGCAGUCAGAAACGAUAUUUGACACAACACCUCGGAGUACAUAUUAAACCUUUUUCCUGUGAAUUCUGUGAGUAUAAAUGUGCUCGUUCAAUUGCGCUGAAAAUGCAUCUCAGUAAACAUACGGGCGAAAAACCUCACGGCUGCGAAUUAUGCGACUAUAAAUCCGCUACAUCUACUCAAUUGAAAAGUCAUCUCAGAAGUCAUCGAGGCAAAAACAAAAACCUCUACACUUGUGAAUUUUGUGACAUUGAAUUCAUUCAAAGCCGUAGCUUGAAAUUACAUCUCAGAACACAUACAGGAAAAUUCAACUGUAAAUUUUGUGAUUAUUCAUGUACUUCUGAAGAUCUUUUGAAAGAUCAUCUAAAAAUUCAUAAAAGAAAAUCUCUUAUGUGUGAAUUAUGUGGAGCUUUGUUCGAAAAUUUUUAUGGUUUGAAAGUUCAUAUUUUGAGAAAUCAUUCUGGAGAAACCCCUUUCUGCUGUGAAAUAUGUGACUAUAAAUGCACAGAAUCAAAAUUAUUGAAAGACCAUCAUUUCAGGAAACAUACAGAAAUAAAACCAUUCAGUUGUCAAUUUUGUUCUUAUAAAAGCAACGUUUUGGGUAAUUUGAAAAGACAUGUAAUGACUCAUACGGGUGAAAAACCUUUCAGUUGUAAACUUUGUGACGCCAAAUUCAUUCAAUCAACAGCUUUAAAAGCUCAUCUCAGAACCCAUACAGGCGAAAAAUUUUACAACUGCAAAUUAUGUGAUUACAAAUGCAGCCAGUCUAAUACUUUGAAGAGUCAUCUACGUAAACAUGCGGAAAAAUCUUUCAACUGUAGUUUCUGUGCUUUCAAGUGCAGUACCCAUAAAAAAUUAGAAAUUCAUCUCUCCACACAUAAACCCAAAAGCCUUUACAGCUGUCAAUUUUGCGAUUAUGAAAGCACCUUUUCAAGUAAUUUCAAAAGACAUCAAAUUAUUCAUACUGGUGAAAAACCUUUCUUUUGUGAAUUGUGUGAUUUCAAAUGCAAUCUGUCAAGUAUUUUGAAAGGUCACAUCAGAACACAUACAGGAGAAAAACCGUAUAGCUGCAAUUUAUGCCACCAAAAAUACUCCGAUUCAAGAUAUUUGAAGCGACAUCUCAGAAAACAUGAAGAAAAAACCUUAUAGUUGUAAGUUAUGACUAUAUAGGCUACAACAUGAUCUAGGAAAAUUAUAAUGUUUUGAACUCUUACUGGUAACUGUCCCUGCUGUGAAUUUUGCAUUAUAAAUGCAGCCAUUACAAAUAAUGUCAUUUGAAAAGUCAUAUCCAUACAAUUCAUUAACUCAAAAAUUUCUAGUUAACAGGCUUUAGUUAUAAGUAUUUAGUUGCCCUAAUUCAUGUGAUUUGUAUAUUCAUUCCCAUAUUCUUGGAUUACAGUGGGACAACAGAGUUUUAGCGUAGCUGAGACCUGAGACGUGUCUCUCCAAUUUGAGCUGUAAAUGAGACAAGAAACUUUUACAGAUACUGUUUUUGGUGAGAUGUAG